CCAUAUUUAUUUUUUCCAAAGCUAAAGUCUCAUUACAAAUUGACAAGAUCCUUUAUAUUGUGGAGUGUUUAUUUAUUCUCAUUUUACUCUUUAGAAAGAGGAGGAAAAAAAAAAAAAAAAACAGGUGUGGGCUGUUAAUGGGCUAGUCUUUGUUAUGAUAUUCCCUCCUUCCGAAAGAGCUGUAGGAGGUGGAAACCCUACGACGAGACGGCCGCGAUAUACCAAACAGGGAGAAGAAGAACCACGAUCGAGCGAAAGGCCAGGCUAUGGAAGAACCUUGUUCACCCAAAAAGCGAAAGACAGAAGGCCGACCUGAUCCGCCGUCGGCGUCAUCAUCGGCGCUUAUAAAUCCGGCGUCAGGAGAAGAGAAGCUAGCAGCCGAUGCCAUAGAGGAGGAGGAGGACGAAGAGUUGCCUGGCAAAUAUUCUGAUGAAUUGGCGGCAUAUUCCUGGACUAACAUGGACCCGGAAACACCAUUGUGGUUGGUUAACUCUGAUGAUGAUACUGAAGAAGAACGGGAAAUCACGAGAAGAGAAACCACCAUGCUUGCCAAGGAAGCAUUGGACUCUUACAACAAGAAGAAUAAGGGUGUCAAGUUUCUGUUCGAUGAGCCCAGGCGUAGCAGGAACACGCUCUAUCACCUUGCAAUCGUCGCCCACUUCAACUUCACUGCCAGGGAGGAGAACAACCCUUCUUCCUCCCCCCACCGGUUUUUCGCAGAGACUUUAAGAUACUAUCGUGGACCUUUGAACGUUCUGAAUUGUGUCGACUUGGAGAGUUUUGCACCUGGUAAGUACUCUGAUUCAAGCAUAUAUAUAUAUAUAUAUAUAUAUAUGGUGCCUUCUUCGGUACCCCGGGUGAAAUCCGGGGUAUCGCAUAUCUUGAAUAUGAAAACGUUAUCUAGACCUUGAAUUAGCAGGAUUUUUGGGCAUGAUAGUAUACCCUAACCCUUAAUAAGUGAACCCUAGGUCCUAAUUAUCUAAAUCAUAAACUAUAAACCCUAAGAUGGUGCAUUGAGUUUCCCCCCUAUAUUUGGACGAAUCAUAACCGUCGAUUAUUGUUUCUAAUUAAAUUGAUCUUGGGGUAUAAGAUUUAGAGAAUUAAGACCUAGAUUUUGAUCUUUAAGGGUUAGAGUAUAGUAUCAUGUCCGAAACAUCAGUCAAUUCAAGUUCUGGAUAGCGUUUUCAUACUCAAGGUAUGCGGUACCCCGGAUUUCACCCUGGGUACCGUAGAACUCCACAUAUAUAUAUAUAUAUAUAUAUGGUUAUGUCUUCGGUGCACUCACUUUUUUGGGUGCAUUCAAUGCACCCGCCUUAUAAUCGUCAUUCUGAACAGACGAUUCAUGUGAAAACGAUGUCAAUCAUCCCUUGUAGUAUGAUGAACAAGAACCACAUGAAUUUGUACCAAAAUCAUUCAAGAUUCACUUUAAUUUGAAUGAUUCAGGGUUUAGAAAUUUAGGGUUAGGGUUAGGGUUUACAAUUGGGAUUUUGGGUUUAAAUUCAAAAUUGAAUGUUAAUAGGUUAGGGUAGUGGGUUGAUUAGUUGUGAUUCUGUGUUAUAUCAUCAUAUGAGACUAAUGCUACCCAUUAAAUUUCAAAAUUUGAUGUAUUAUGACCACUUUUAGAGGUGGGUGCACUGAAUGCACCCAAAAAAGUGAGUGCACCGAAGUAGCCACCAUAUAUAUAUAUAAAAAAUAAACUGUAUUCGGUUUAGGAUUUAGGGUACUGCUUAGUAACUUUGUAAACAGAUUGAUAGAUGGAUGAAGGUAAUAAUGACAAUAUCGUGAUUUUGCUUUGCUAGAUCAACUCCACAAAGCCUGCAUCUAUUGCCCGGAGGAAAUCGAGCACCCUCCCGAUGAUUGGAAGAAGUUUGAGUACGAAACUGCAGAGGACGAGGUGAUGAAUACAGUUUAACUUAUUGUGCACUCCAUGCUCGUAUCAGGAGUUUUAAACUUCUCUUGUGUUGGUAUAUUAAACUUCUCUUUUCUAGUAUAUAUAUGUUUGCCAUCGGUUCUGUAAAUUGGUUUUUAUGACCAUCGACUUAUUGUUCAGUAUUCUGAUUCUCUCAAUUGUAUGCUUAUGACAAAUUGUCAAAUUCCCUCCCCGCACCUUGCUCCAGAAUAAAGGAUGCUGCUGCUCCUUUUCUCACAAGAAAGGAUUGAAGGACUU